CUGCGGUCAGAGUGGACCUAGUCUCAGGUCCUGCCGCUGGGCACUCUGCGAGUAAUGGAAGGCGAAGGUAAAUUUUUUUGUUUUUUGUUUUUUCUUCUCCGAUUUCAGGGCGGUUUGUUCUCUGUUUGUGACUAUGAGAUUAGACAGAAGACGGACCACAGGAAAAUCAUCAGUUAGUUGAGCGUCAGAGGAGAAAAGAGAACGCAGAAGUUAAUUCUAGAAGGGAACGUCUAAUGAGCCCAUCCGUCGGGAGGUACCUGAACCCGGAGACAGCGUGGGGCGCGCUGACGAUACCCCCGCGGUUACAGGAAAGCUGGACUUGGAUCGGAGCUGGGGCCCCGUCUCCUCGGCCGGUCUCUCCACGUCUGGUGCCCCCAGGCCUCCGGUCGGGCGCUGACUCUCCCGGGUGCCUGGUCGGUGGCGCUGAUGGAGCCCGCGGCCGCCCCCCGCUGCCGCGCGCGGGGCUCGCUUCUCUUCUUGGCGCUCCUCUGCGGGUGUGCCCUGCUCUCAGCCCAGUUUACUGUCGUGGGUCCAGCUGACCCAGUCCUGGCCAUGGUGGGAGAAGACACCACGUUUCACUGCCACCUGUCCCCCGAGAAGAACGCUGAGGACAUGGAAGUGAGGUGGUUCCGGACUCACUUCUCGCGGGCAGUGCUCGUGUACAAGGGUGGACGAGAGAGAACCGAGGAACAGCUGGAGGAGUUCCGAGGAAGGACGACCUUUGUGAGCGACGGCAUCACACAGGGGAGCGUGGCACUCGUCAUACACAAUGUCACAGCGCACGAGAAUGGCAUCUACCACUGUUACUUCCAAGAAGGCAGGUCCUACGAUGAGGCCAUCAUGCGGCUGAUGGUUGCAGAUGGCUGCCGUCUCACUGUGUCCUCACGUGGUCCUCCCUCUGUGUUUUCACGUGGCCUUUCCCCUGUGUGGACCCACCCUGGUAUCUUUCUCUGUGCUGAUCUCUUCACAGCCCAAGCUUUAUAGUACAAAUCACAACCAGAACCAAUCAGGAACUGAGUAACACCAGCAGUUAUUCACCACUAUAUCUCCGGCAUCUAGCGGAUUGCUUGACAUCUAGUAGGUACUUAAAAAAUAGUUGUAGGGGUGCUUGGGUGGUGCGAUCAGUUAAGCGUCCUACUUUGGCUCAGGUCAUGAUUUCGCGG